AGUAGGUUAAGAGGCAGUACUGCAUCCGUGACUGCAGUCAAGACAACUGAACAGCAGUUAAGCACAUACAACAUAGAGCAGAUGACAGUACAUGGCACACAUACUUGCCAUUUGGCAUCAUGAUUGCUGUGCUGUUGGUAGGCAGAGGACCAAAUGACUGCAGCAAACCAAACAGCUCGAGUGAGAAGAUAUUUUAAUAGUAAAGGCCAUAGGGACUUUACCUUGGAAUAGAUGCAAGAACAUAGAAGAGCAUGCUGGAUAACCACCGACAUCUGAUUGCUAAAUUUAAGUUCUAAACAUCAUUAUGCCACCAGUUAAAACAAAAAACAAAUCAAAGAAAAAGUCAACUUUGCCAGCAAAAGUUAGUAAGCACAAGAAACUUAAGAAGAAUAAGGUGAACACACCCAAAAGCCAGAAGUUGAAAAGAGACAAUAAUGUAAAGAAAAAAAAGAAAUUGGAGUCAGAAGUAACAAAGCAAAAGAAAAAAAAGAUAAUAGUAAAAUUUCCAUCCAAAUCUGUGAAGGCAGCAAAGCCCAAACAAAAGAAAGUUGUGAAAAAGAAGAACCAAAAGAGUCCUAAGUCUCUGACUAAAAAGCAAAAGAUGAAGUCUCCAGACAAGGGCAAGAUAACCGUUAGUAAAAGGAAAAGACAGAACUCUGAAUCAGAAGUUCAGGUUAAAAUGAAAAAGGCCAAAAUAAUCAGUUCUCCAUUUAAUUCUUCACAAAUAACAAAGCCUAAAGAGCCAGUAAAGAUGAAGAUGACUCAAACAGAAACCAAAGAUGUAUCUAUCAAAACAGAUGGAAUGGAGACUACAAAGCAAAGAUAUGUGACAUGUUUCUCUUGUAAUGUGCUGGUUCUUGAAAAAGAUUUUCAUUCACAUUUGUUCUUUGGAAGUAUAAAAUGUAGAUUUUGUCUAAAUCCAGUACAAAAAUGCACUGACUUUGCCAACCAAAUGCUGAAGCCCAACAGCUACUGCCCAAAAAGUCCAAUGAAGAUGCAUGGUAUAUUGCAGUGGGAUUCUUGUCUUCAUUAUGUGUGGCAUAGCGUGAAGAAAGAAAUAACCAUCAGAAAUUUCUGUAAUAGUAUAAAGACAAAGCCAAAUGAAUUUGAGAUUUGUUGUGAAAUCUCAAAUACCAAAUAGCUUGGAAUCUUAGAACAAGUAGAACCUUGGAAGUCAGCCUUUCUAGAGCUAAAGGCAUAUUGUGAACAGGUUUUCAGCCAGUUAAAGCCCCAAAAGUGUUGCUUUCUGAAACUUUUCAAAGGAAAUAAGAUAAAAAGUGAUGACAAAAAAUCGAUAUUUAGAACUAAAGACCCUGUUAAAAAUAUCAGUUUAGAGGCAAGUGGAGAUUCAGUAGCUCCUGAGAGGAAAGUUCUUUCACAACAGAACCAGGAGACGGAAUGUGCCACAGUUAGCGAGCUGCACUCAUCGUAUGUAUGUGCUAUAUCUGGGAAUUUU